AUGAUUGACAAUACUCCUAACCGUGUAGGGAAACGGAGAGAUUAUAAGGAGGGAGAUUCGCCGCAGUCUGACAAUAGCGACAACACUGCUGCGACUGCGGUGACCAGCGCGAGCACGCUUUGUGAAGAGUCAAAUCGAACUACAUGUUCAACUCUAACAUUGGAAGAGCUGCAGGAGGAUUUACCAGAGGAAAUAAAGACGAAAACCUAUCCAUCGAGCAAGUCACUCAGCGCGGAAGACGAGCUUUUUGAAGAUCUCAAGAGUCAUUCCCUUGAGGACUCAGACAAAGUCAUUGUGAUUAAUGCGGACGGAAAAGCCAUCUAUUCGAUGCCUACUAUUUUUCAUCAGGAUGUUCUUCAGAAGCUUCUUAAGAUUGUCAACGCGUGUAGUAAGACGGAAGAUCCCCUGCUCGCUCAAGCGGACAUUCCUCUCCUCAUUGACAAGAAGAAGGGCAAGCUCAAGCACCCCGAUAUAAGCAUCUGGGGUCCCAGUCGUCUGGAUGAAGAUUGUGAUCCACGGUUCAUUCCGGUUGACGGUUUACCUGGCGAAAAUUCUAUGAAUCCGCACGUCAUAAUUGAAUUCAGUUGGACAAAUGACCUUCAAACAGAAAUAUGGAAGCUCAAAAAACAGAUGACAGACCACAUCCAAGAUCUUGGGGUAGUCAAACUUGGAUUCCUUAUCAAGGCCAUACCGGCUAAAGGAACGGCCUUCCCGACUGUCCUAGAUCGGAACGCACCCCUUGCUGGGUUUGAUGUCUACCGAUUCCGGGCUGGGGAUCCUGCUACGUCCGUUCCCGAAGAAACCUACCUUGAGUACCGUGCAGGUGGAGACGAUGAAGACGCGAUAGCCAUUGAGAUUAGUGCCGCUGAUCUUGGUCGCACCAACCAAGAAGAAGCACUUCGCGUGCCCCUCAGGGCAAUCCGACGUGUUUGCGAGAAGAGGCGCUUGGUGUUCUCCGCUGUAGCCUUGGAUUAG